GAGGGGCGUGUGUGUGUGUGUGGGGGGGAGGGGGGAGGUCCUCGGGCAGCGCGAGCAAUGCAGAAAGAUGUAAGAUGGCAGAGCUGCAGAUGUUACUCGAGGAGGAGAUCCCCGCCGGCAAGAAGGCGUUGAUAGAGAGUUACCAGAACCUCGGCCGCGUCGCCGAUUACUGCGAGAGCAACUACGUCCAGGCCCAAGACAAGAGAAAAGCCCUUGAGGAAACAAAAGCGUAUACCACCCAGUCCCUUGCGAGUGUCGCUUACCAGAUAAAUGCCUUGGCUAAUAAUGUAUUGCAACUGCUGGAUAUUCAAGCUUCACAGCUACGGAGAAUGGAGUCUUCCAUUAACCAUAUCUCCCAGACUGUGGACAUCCACAAAGAAAAGGUGGCUCGGCGAGAGAUCGGUAUUCUGACCACCAACAAGAACACAUCUAGAACUCAUAAAAUAAUAGCACCGGGUAGUGUUGAACGACCAGUGAGAUACAUUCGGAAACCAAUAGACUACACAGUGCUGGAUGAUGUUGGUCAUGGAGUAAAGUGGCUUAAAGCCAAGCAUGGAAGUAACCAGGCAACGAGAACUGGGACACUCACACGAACAAACCCACCAACACAAAAGCCACCAAGUCCCCCAAUGUCAGGACGUGGAACGUUAGGACGAAACACUCCUUAUAAAACAUUAGAGCCUGUCAAACCACCUGUUAUUCCUAACGAUUAUAUGACGAGUCCUGCCCGAAAUGUUGGUGCAAACCAGCAGAGUCCGAGUAGAACAGCGUCACUGAACCAAAGGCCAAGAACACACAGUGGAAGCAGUGGAGGAAGUGGAAGCCGAGAAAAUAGUGGGAGUAGCAGUAUAGGCAUUCCCAUUGCUGUACCUACGCCCUCACCACCCACCAUUUUGCCAGGAGAUCUCCCUCCCCCUCCCCAUCUUCUGUCAACACAGUAUUCUCAGUUCCCGAAUGAUGUUCCUCCCCCUCCCCCUCCAUUGCCUGGUGGCCCUACAUUAGCACCAUAUUCUGUCCCUGCUGGAUCCCUUUCCCUACCACCUCCACCACCUCCACUGCCAGCGGGCAGUUUGAUAGCUGGCCCUGGUUCGGCUCCUGGUUCCCAGUACAGUACCAUGACCCGGCAGGUCUCUCGGCAUAAUUCCACCAACUCUACGGCAUCUUCUGGGGGCUACAGGCGAAAUCCUUCGGUGACUUCUCAGUUUUCUGUGCAAGCUCAUGUUAAUGGUGGCCCUCUUUAUACUCAGAAUUCAACAUCCCUAGCACCACCCCCUCCCCCUAUGCCUCAGCUGACUCCACAGAUACCUCUCACAGGCUUCGUGGCCAGGGUGCAGGAAAACAUUGCGGAUAGUCCAACCCCACCACCUCCACCACCUCCGGAUGACUUGCCUAUGUUUGAUGAGUCCCCUCCUCCCCCUCCCCCACCACCUGUGGAUUAUGAGGAUGAGGAGGCAGCAGUUGUGCAAUACAAUGACCCAUAUGCUGAUUCAGAUCCUAAUUGGGCACCAAAGAACUACCUUGAGAAAGUUGUGGCAAUAUAUGACUAUUCCAAGGACAAAGAGGAUGAGUUGUCCUUCAUGGAGGGUGCCAUCAUUUAUGUGAUAAAGAAGAAUGACGAUGGGUGGUAUGAAGGUGUCAUUAAUGGAGUUACUGGUUUGUUUCCUGGAAAUUAUGUAGAACCCAUCAUGCACUAUGCAGAUUGAAACAAACCGCCUGAUUCUUCAAGCUCUUUUAUUCCUUGACCAGCCUAAGCAUUUGGGGUGUGUAGGUUAAUGUGGGAUCGAUUUUUAUUAAGAUGUCUUCAAGGGUGCCAUUACUUUUCCCCUCCGCAUGGAAACUGACACGAUUAGACUGAAAAUGCAACAAACUUGUGUUCAGACUGACACUGUAAGGGUGAAAGUGCAAGUGCUGGUCAAACUUUUUCGACUUAUGGUCAUUCCUAAAUUGCAACUUAGUGCUUGUUGAUAGCAUGCAUAAAAAGCGAAUUUAUGUAUUGUAGCAAAUCAAUUUUUUUAACCUAAAAUGCUUCCAAUUUGUUGUAAUUUUCAGUUAAUCUGUGAGUACUCACACUAAAUUGUAAUCUCAUGAACUGUCACAGGAGUCUAUAAAGACAUUUAUGUGGAUGAGGCUUGGGUGUAUUCUAAUCAAAGUACAUGUUGUUGUAAUUUGUACUUAACAGGUUAAACAUUUUGUAUGGGUAAAUUUACAUAAUGGAAAGUCAUCUGUGGUCACAAAGUGAACCAAAGUGUAGUCUGGUAUGUUGUCAGUUCAUUUGUACAGUCGAAAUUAUCUGGACCAUUGGCUUUGUGUAACCCUCAUAAAAUUUUAUUGGAUAGUUUUACUAACCUUUAGAAGAUGGUGCAGUUUCUACCUUAUGAAUUCAGAUCCAGAUAAUUUGACUGCAAAAAUAGUUGUCACUGUUUCUGAAACUUGGGCCAGGUUUGCCUUCAACUCUGUCUUGUAGCACAAGACUGGCCAUUUGGCUAUGCUUCCCUAUUUCCUUUUGAGAGACAAUGUAAUGAUUUGUUAAGGAAUCAGUACCAAAUUCCUCAAUGUUUAAUAAUUCUUGCAUUUUGUAUUUGGAAAUGCAUUCUAUGACCAGAAAGGCCCCGGUAUCUAAAUCAGUGUUCAACUCUGUAUUUUCCAUAGAUUGUUUAAUUGCUUUUUGCUAUUCAAGGUUUCAGUGGUGAAGCUAAUAAGAAAACAAAAUCCCAUAUAUUGAUAAUCCAAUUGCUGUAUUGUAAGAAAUUUUGAAAUUAAAAUGGACCAGAGGGACCACCACUGUGCCCUCGUUCGGGGUGAGAUGGAACUUUUAAUUCCCAACACCUGAUUUACAUUGUGUUUAGUUCUCUAAUCCUAUUCUGAUUUAUCAGUGUGAUUAUGUACAACAAAGUUCCACAACAAUUGAUCUGUAAAAGUUAUGUCCACAGAUCAUGUAACAGGCUUUCUUAUUAACUUCUGCCUUAUGAUUGUAAGAAGCUUUAACAUUGUGAGACUUCAUUUUCUUUGACUUUAAAACUGAAAAUGCAUUCUUUAAUUUGUAUAUAACCUGUUAAUUGUAUGUACAGUCUUUUAUAAUAAAUCAUUCUCAAUAUAUAAAAUCAA